CGCUGUCAGACACAUGAGACCAGGGAGAAGGAGAAACCCCUCACUGGCAGCUCCGUCCGUUCAUAUCAAAGCCUCCGUCACUCGGCACCUCUCUAAAAAGGCUCCAACGGCUGGUUAGCUGCUGGGCGGACCCCUAUUCUUUUAUAAAAGUAAUUUCAGCCCCCCAAAAAUAACAGUAAUUACCCUCGGAGUUGUUUGAGGAGAAGACGCGAGAGACAGGGGAGAGACAUGGCUACGACAACCUGCACGCGAUUCACAGACGAGUAUCAGCUAUACGAGGAGCUGGGCAAGGGAGCGUUUUCAGUGGUGCGCAGAUGUGUCAAGCUGGCCACAGGACAGGAGUAUGCCGCCAAAAUAAUCAACACCAAAAAGUUGUCGGCAAGAGAUCAUCAGAAGCUGGAGCGAGAAGCUCGGAUCUGUCGCCUGUUGAAACACCCCAACAUUGUUCGUCUUCACGACAGUAUAUCAGAGGAGGGCUUCCACUAUCUCUUGUUUGACUUAGUGACCGGAGGGGAGCUGUUUGAGGACAUCGUAGCCAGAGAGUACUACAGUGAAGCUGAUGCCAGUCAUUGCAUCCAGCAGAUCCUGGAGGCAGUGCUUCACUGCCACCAAAUGGGCGUGGUGCACCGGGACCUGAAGCCAGAGAACCUGCUUCUUGCAAGCAAGUGUAAGAAUGCUGCCGUGAAACUGGCCGACUUUGGUCUGGCCAUCGAGGUGCAGGGGGAUCAGCAGGCCUGGUUUGGAUUUGCUGGUACACCAGGGUACCUGUCCCCUGAGGUUCUGAGGAAGGAGGCAUAUGGCAAACCUGUGGACAUCUGGGCCUGUGGGGUGAUCCUCUACAUCCUGCUGGUGGGUUACCCUCCUUUCUGGGACGAGGACCAGCACAAGCUGUACCAGCAGAUCAAGGCUGGCGCUUAUGAUUUCCCGUCGCCGGAGUGGGACACAGUAACCCCGGAGGCCAAAAACCUGAUCAACCAGAUGCUGACGAUCAACCCAGCCAAGAGGAUCACUGCCCAGGAGGCCCUCAAGCAUCCAUGGGUCUGCCAACGGUCUACAGUGGCAUCUAUGAUGCACAGACAGGAGACCGUGGAGUGCCUGAAGAAAUUCAACGCCAGGAGGAAACUCAAGGGGGCCAUUCUCACUACCAUGCUGGUUUCUCGAAAUUUCUCUGUUGGCAGCAGGCAGACCACCGCUCCAGCCUCUGUGACUGCGGCGGCGGCCGCGGCGGCUGCAGCCGCCGGCACCACCGCAGGGCUGGUGGAACAAGCCAAGACCUUGCUCAACAAAAAGGCUGAUGUUAAGAAACGCAAGUCCAGCUCUACUGUCCAGUAUAUGCCGCAGACAAACAGCACCAAAAACAGCAUAGUCACCAGCCCCAAAGGAAACAUCCCUUCACCUGCUCUGGAACCUCAGACAACUGUCAUCCAUAACCCAGUGGACGGGACAAAGGAAUCGUCGGACAGCAGCAACACCACCGUGGAGGAUGAAGACGUGAAAGGGAAGAGUUUAGACAGCAGCUCGCUCAAGGCGCAGUCCAGCACCAGCUCCCAGCCCGAGAGCCUCCAGAGCUCCUCAGCCGCCGUGCACUCUGCCACAAAGUUCGGUGACCUGCUGAGUUCGGUGCGCAGGGCCUCAGUACCCGUCACCGACGGAGACGGGAGAUCCAGCACUCCACCUCCCGCCGCCCUGUCCGCCCCCUCCCCUCCACACACCCCUGUCGCCCCCAUGCAGAUGUCCCGGUUCACAGACCUGGUGAGCAGCGUUCGCAGGGCAGCCCCGGCCCCUGCACCCGAGAGUGACGCCGCACCGGUGCCGGCACCCGUCGCCAAGCCCACCCCUCCACCUGCACACACCACCUCCCCGCUGCCCCCCCACCCCUCCUCCAGCCCCUCCCCGUCCUCCUCCCAGACACGCAAACAGGAAAUCAUCAAGAUCACCGAGCAGCUGAUAGAGGCCAUCAACAACGGAGACUUCGAAGCAUACGCCAAGAUCUGUGACCCUGGACUCACUUCCUUCGAGCCGGAGGCGCUGGGAAACCUGGUCGAGGGGAUGGAUUUCCAUAGAUUCUACUUUGAGAACCUUCUGGCUAAGAACAACAAGCCCAUUCACACCACCAUCCUGAACCCCCACGUCCACCUGAUCGGCGAGGACGCCGCCUGCAUCGCUUACAUCCGGCUGACUCAGUAUGUGGACGGCCAGGGCCGGCCGCGGUCCAGCCAGUCGGAGGAGACUCGGGUCUGGCAUCGCAGGGAGAGCAAGUGGCAGAACAUCCACUUCCACUGCUCAGGGGCGCCGGCCGCGCCUCUCCAGUGAGGGCUGAACGCUGCCGUUGCAUCCGUCAGGAGUUGCUCUGCUGGAGUGAGGAGGAGGAGGAGGAGGAGGAGGAGGAGGAGGAAAGAACAUGUCAAGUGUUGGCUUGGGGGGGCAGGUCUCCUUGCCCUUCGAUAACCCCCCCUCACUGGACUCCUGGCCUCUACUGCCCCAGCAUGCAUCUCUUCCUCUACUGCCCCCUGCCCGUCACCCACCGUACAACGACACCUCCUGACAAGCAUCCAUCGACCGCUACGCAGCCCCCCCCUCCUCCUUCCUCCAGCACGCCGGGUGUUUGACAGAGGUGGGGGUGGUCUCCAGUCCUGGGUGUGACUCCUCCCCCCGUGAUCUCUUUCCCACCCCCACAAUUUUUGUGACAUCGCCUCUCGUCCUGCUGUGAAUCCGCACUUGUGUGACAUAAACACUGCACUGGAAAUACAGUAUGUAAAGUUUUAAGUAAAAUCUACUAUUAUCAUGACAAUAUUCUAAUUAUUACUAUCAUUAUUAUUAUUAUUAUUAUUAUUAUUAUUACUACUACACAUUUGCAAUUGUACAUGUAAUUUGUAUAAUUCAGAAUUCUUGAUUUUUAGAGUCGAAGGAAGUUUUUGUUUAUCUUUUUAAGGAAGCAUGUUUUUCCCAUAUAACAUAACAGUGGCUGUUUUUUUUAAUUGUGGCUAAGUGGAAAAGGAUAUUGGCAGUUUGUUUUUUUUGUAAUUUGCUGCUUGUAUGUUAGGUAUAAUACUGUGCACAAACUCGUGGUCAGCAGUUUUUGUUUGUUUGGGAGUUCUGGGGGAUGGAAACAGAUGCAUUCAAAGACCACUUUUCUGUUGCCUGCAGUCAAGUCAACAUUAAGAUUAAUUUAUAUAAUAAAUAUACUGACUGAAUCCAUCAAGGAACUAAAGAACCCAAAUAUAAUCAUGAUAAACCCUGUUUGCAGCUACGAAAUUAAAAGCAUCUGUUCCCAAAAAGGGAAUUUUGCAGCUAAUAUCAUGAGAGCAGUCCUUUAAAGUCCAGGAGUGAAACACUGAAGGGGGGGGGGGGGGGGCUCUAUAGGCAGAAAUGCAGACUGAUAUUCAGAACUUUAUUCUCAUCUGUGUAAGCUCAUGAACAUGAGGAUUGUUUUGUGUUGAUUUGCUGCAGAGCUUUUUGUUUUGUUUACGAAGCCUUCUUUGAAGCUGCACCGGUUAAAAAGUUAAGUCCAAAAUUAGAAAGUGGAAAUUUGAUUUAAAAAGAAGAAAGAAUGCUUGUUGGAGGUGGUUUUGCAGUAAACAUAACAAGAGACUAUGGAUGAGCUUUGCAGAUAAAUUCCCAAGACUUACACGUGUAAAAAGCCAACUUAUAACGACGAGAAAUAAGGAUUCCACCACCGUUCAACCAGAGGCGGCUGCAUUUGUGCAACGUGGUGCAUUAUUACCGUUGCUGAAUCAUCUGGGUGACAGGAGGAGCGCGGAGGAGCAGUGACGAUGCCCCGCUCUUCUUCCUCCGUCUGAUGCACAGAUCAGCUGGAAUAUUAAAUCAGAUGUCCUGCUUUUAAAGGGCUGUGUGAGGCGUUUAUGAAGACCUGUCCCAUAUGUUAAGCCCCUGUGGCUACGUUCUCUCUGCCGCUUGUUGACGACGUUAUCUGACUUAUUUUAGUUGCAGCGAUCCAGCCAGUAGAAGCUUCUGGAUCCCCAGCCACCGGAGGUUUCCCGUGUUUUCCUCUCGUACCUGAAAUGGGCGACCCGGUUAGUUGCGGUAAUCAAUUUCUGCCACUCGCAGCUGCUACUGUACAUCCUCCACAAUUUAUAAAAGCUGUCCCAUGAUUAACAUUUUUAAACCUGCGAAGCUAGAAACCAUGAAAACAUUCAGCCUUGCCUUUUGGUAAAUGAGGGAGUAUUUGGAAUAAUAUUGUUCUAUUGAGGUGUAAGGAAUAUAUAUUUUUUUUUUUCAUGAGGCUUAAUAAAAUAAAUAUGUCAAUGCUUAAGAAAAGUGCCAUUAACAAUCAGAAACGAUACUUCUGCACUAUCAAUGAUUCAUCCUCGAGCCCUUCCGGAUGCUUGUUUCUCUUCUUGCUUCUGGCUCUCGGGGUGAUGGAGACGCGCUGUUGGUGCCUGCCUCUGUUGCUAGGAGACGGCUCGGUUUUUCAUCAGUUUUGUUUGCACGUUUUGGUUUUCUUUCUAUGGUUUGCGUCGCAUCCAAAUGUUGUUUUUUUUAUGGCAUGAAGUGCUUGUAGUGGGGGUGCGGGACUGAGACUCGGCUCCUCUGUGGUCCGCUGGUCUGCCGUCGGCUGCCUUCAGGUUCGUCUCACCGACGGUCCGACCCAGAGGUGCAGGGAUCCGCAAGCCGACAGUCAGCGAGGCCAACAAUCCUCAGGUUUCUAUUUAUUUUCAAUAUUUAUUUAUUUAUUUAUUUCAUUUAAUAUUUUUACUGUGCUUUUUUUUUUCUUCCUAUGAUUAUCUUGUUGUGCACCUCAUGCAUUCGUGCAAGCACCGCUUGUUACGACGAUCUCGGUGGGCUUUUAAAGGGAGAGUACACGGCCUGCUGCCGUGGACACGGUUCGUUUAGCCGGACUCAUUUCGAGCAGACUCAAAUCAGUGUCGGAGUGGGGUUUAAACGUCCGUCCCCACUUUUUAAGAUGGUGAAUUUUUGUCAGAUCAAGGCCUUUCUCCAGGUGAACCACUGAGAGUUUUUGUACUGGCGUGUCAUACUAAUACUAAAAGGUCAAAGGGCAUUCGAGUAUUGAAACACAACCCCCACUCCUCUCCAAAAAGAGAAAAAAACCAAGAUGAAAUAGCGGCAUGUACAGUUCAAAGGUGUCCCCGGCCUUACACAUCAGUAUGGUAGGAUCACGUAUGUAAAUGAGGGAGUUCACAGUAUUAUUACGCAGCGCAGCUGGAAUCAUCCUUGCAUGAGCAUCAACACUUGUUUUGUUUUUCUUUAGUUUUUAUGUGUGUUUUUAUUUGGGUUUUCAUUUUGUACUGAAUGCCGGUAAACUCGACCUUUCCCUAUUUUCUCAGCUUUUUAAGUGCAUAUGACUAUUUUUGUCUCAAGAUGAUAUAUAUUGAAGAAGAUUCUAAUGCUAAGGAUUAUUACAUGAAGGACGGCUAUGAGGAAGUGAACGAUGAUGACGGUGUGUUGAUGAUUAUUGUGCAUGUUUUCCUGUGGGUCUGUGUGUUUUGUACAUGAAGCAUCAGUGAGGAGAUCAAGUGGAGCUGCUGUCUUCACUCUGAACUUCUGCAUCUACUUUCUGCAGCAGCCAUGAAGCUGCACUGACAACACUGACUGGGACUCUCGUAGGAUGUCUUUCACUCUUUCUGCUGCUCCGUCUGUUUCCAACCUUCUUCAAUCACUCCUCUCUUUCUAGUUUUCACUUGUCUCUUUUUGUCAGUUUGGCUUUUAUUCUGUAUUAUAAUAUUAAUCCUCUACUUCUCUGAUUCUUGGGAUUUUUGCUCUGUUGGCUUACGUGCUACACGUGUUUCUCUAACUUCAAGAAAAUGUGUUCAGCUGUUAUCAAUAAAAUGACCAUUUAAA